CCCGUUCAUCAUGGUCGACCCGGAAGCAAGGCGUGGAAUUGUUUAUGCGAAAAAAUAUGGCGGGUAUUUACACGUUUUGUACCUAAUUUUCAGUCAUGUAGAAACGGUUUUUUCCUUAUUUGUAACUGAGUACAGCCGAAAAGUAGGAUUACAUUAUAAGUGUCGAUUUUUGGGUGUCCUUAAAAAAAAUACAAACGACAAGGUGGUUGUGGGGGCUUACCUUAUUGACAUGAAUGGAAAGGUGAUCCCUCACACCCCUCUGGCUGUGGAUUUCUGGCAAGUGCGGAAGUGCAGCCAUGUGCGUUUGUUUUUCCUGUCGCACAUGCACACUGACCACACCAGCGGGCUGACAUCCAGCUGGAGUAAUCGGCCCAUCUACUGCUCCCCUGCCACUGCCAAGCUGCUGAAGUUAAAACUGCAGGUGAAGGAGAAAUGGAUACACCCUCUGGAGGUGGGCGAGACGCACAUGCUGGCCCUGGAUGACAUAGGCAAGGAGACGCUGACAGUCACUGUGAUUGACGCCAACCAUUGCCCAGGGUCGGUCAUGUUCCUGUUUGAAGGCUACUUUGGCACCAUCCUGUAUACAGGUGAUUUCCGCUACACGCCGUCCAUGCUGCGGGAGCCCUGUCUGGGGAGCUACAAGAAGAUCGACGUGCUGUACCUGGACAACACCAACUGCGACCCUUCUAGGACCUUGCCCUCUCGCCAGCAGGCCACCCAGCAGAUCAAGGAGAUCAUCCGCCAGCACCCACAGCAUAACAUCGUUAUCGGCCUCUAUGAGUUGGGCAAGGAGACGCUGCUGGUGGAGCUGGCUAUGGAGUUUAAGACAUGGGUGGAAGUGAAACCAGAGCGACUGGAGACCCUGUGUGCUCUGAAUCUCCCAGAUGUGUUCACCACAGAGCCGGGGGCCGGGCGGAUCCGAGUCGUGUCCCACACUGAGAUCAGGAUGUCCUCUCUGAUCCUCUGGAACAGGCAGUACCCUACAGUGGCCAUUCUGCCCACCAGUCGGCCUGUGCCUGUCCUGCAUCCCUGCAUGUAUGUAGUGCCCUACUCUGAUCACUCGUCCUUCCAGGAGCUGGAGGACUUUGUUUCGGCUCUCAGACCUGCUUCUAUAAUACCCAUCAUCGGGACCUGCAUCCCUCACUUCUCUGCCUUCUUGAGUCCCAGAAAAAGCAGCAGGGAGGUGGUGGUGCCUGAGUCUGUGAGACAGUUCAUGACCAAGGUUUGUAACUCUGACACUUCAGUCAAACCCACUCGUUGGCUUUUCCGACCUUCUCCCCCUGUGGCGAGAGGCGUGGUGUUCGAGUCCCCAGAGCACAGUUCCCAGCCUCCUGAAAUUGUGGCGCAAGAGAAUAGCCCUCCAUCCAAAGUGUUAAGCCCAGAUUCCUGGAUGGAUGUCCAGGACCAGUCCACACAAAAGCUCCCCUUAAUUUGUACCGGAAGAACAGAAAAGCAGAAAAAGCUGUUGGAUAUAUGGAAGUGUUCAGCCGUGGAUUCAGAGAUGACCAGAGGGGACGCUGUGACCUUUUCACUGAAGCCUAAUGUCAAAGAAUUAGCCAAGUCUUUGCUUUGUUCGCCUGGCUGCAUGGGCCACUCACCCAACAUCUCAGCUCAGAAAAAAAAAGUAACUGAAGUAACAUCUCAGGUAGGAAAUAAAGAUGGGGAAAGACAUAGUCCAGGUUUAGAGGAUUUAACCUCCAUGUCUGGAAAUGAAUUCCUCUCACAGCAGCCCACAGCUGUGAGGGCAACAGACUGUGACAUUGUAAGAACCCAGAAUUAUCUUGAAUCUGUAUGUUUUCUGCUGGAAGCUGAGAAGGCUUGGCUUUCUCAGCUCAAAGUAGGCAGUUUUCUACCAAAAGAAGAAAUCUCCAACAAGGUUAUCGUCAAAGACAGAGAACUGGCCAACAAGUACCGUCUUACUCCUGUAAAUUUCUCACAGCAAGAUCAAGAUGCCUUUGACUGAAAUUUGUAAAGAUUACUUACUGUAUCCUGUCCCUUAAAACAAAAAUAGUUUUAAUAACUGUGCCUAAAUCAUUCUACUCCUGCCAGCUACUUAUAGAACAUUCCAGCUCUGGAAUUGUUUUUUCUUGACAGCAUAAGUGUUUAUUAUCCACAUUGUUUAUUUUUCACAGUAUUAAGCUCAAGAUACUUUAAAACAGGAAAAUAACACCGAAAUUGUACAAGACACUUACAGUGAAAACAGAAAUUGUACAGUAUGUUGCAUAACACUGGUGCGUCGUUACAUGAUUAUGCUUUAGUAACUCCCAAUUUCAAACACUGCCCUUUGAUAAGUGGAAAUGACUUAAUUUUUCCCAUACCUUGUAAGCAUCCGUUUAUAAAUUAGAAUUUACUCAAAUGUAGUUGAGGCAUGUUAGGAUAUUAGAAAUACUGUAAAUAACAGUAUUAUAAUAUGGACAUCUGAAUUGUAGCCAGCUUAGUAAAACAGAAUUGUAUUUUUUUCCUACUUGCCCAAUCGGGAGUCUUUGAUUCCUUGUCUGAGCUCAGAGCAGUGCCCUAGCUGCCUCACAGGGACAGUGAGGAAAGCUGAAGAUGCUCCCUUGAACUGCCCACCCAUGCCAGUUCCAUAGUGCUUUACAGAAGCUGGAGAUGAUUGCAACAGUGGCGUCUCUCACUGAUAUCACUGCCCUGGUAGUAGCAGGAGUCACUGUCUCACCAGGAAAGCCAAACUAAUUCCGUUUGUGCAGCACAGUGGUGUCAUGACGUGACCCGAGGUGUGGCUGUCUGGAUCUCAGAGCUCAAGCUAUACUCGGAGCAUGGGCCUUAACGUGGGAGUCCAUUAUUAACAUUUCACAUUGAAAUUAAGUUUAAUCAAGUGACUCCAUGUUUUAAUGUUUCAAUAAUUUUUUCAAGCUGCUGUCAAUUGUUGGACUCUUAAGAAGGCAUACAGCCACUUCUACAUUUAAUUUGUACAUGUGGCUGUUUGGACAAUCUUCAAUAGUAUUGGAGGUUCCCAGUUUUGUUCUCGCCAGUUUAUAAAUGCACAAGUGAAGUUCUACUGUAAAAGCCUUCACCGCGUGUGUCACAUUAAACACAGUCUGAAGACUAAGCUUUGAUAGCUCCUUUACAAGUUGAGCUCACUGGUUUUACAGUUUGCGCGGUUAGCAUGACAACAGGACAUGGUAGCAGCAACAGUUUCAGCCUGGUUAGCUCUUCCUGUGAGACUUAGCUUGACUACACUUCUCCUUCCUAUACCGUGCUGAUGUGGCAAAACAUAGGCCAUCUACCAAGGCAGUACAAAGGGUGUGGGACCCAUUCUUUAAUUCCAGCAUCCUUAUAAGAAUCCUCCUGCAUUGUACAAGUGGAAAUCUACAGUAUGUAUGUUGCAGAUACUGUACCACAGCGUUUUCUCAAACUGUACUUUGCAUUCACCUCAACUGUUCUUUGUCAUAAUGAGCAAGUUAGUUAUUCUUCAGGUGUGUGUGCACCACCUCGCCUGACCACAGCUAUGAUACAUCGUCUGGAGGGCUGCUUGUUUGUGAAAAACAUACGGAAAAAGAUGUAGCAGUUGCAGAUUUUGAAGGUGAUGGUUAGGUCUGCUGAAUCAUGAAGUGCUUGGCGGGUUUUGACAGCCAGCCAGUGCUUGGUUUUAAGUGUGACAUUACCACCAGCAACCACAGCGGCUUCCCGCGUCCCCAUGACACGGUGAGGUUCCUCAGCUGCAUCCGUCUUGCAUCUCUAUUCAAGGCUUGAAUCUACAUUAAUGUGGUUUCACGCUGCAGGCGCACAGUGUGAGGGUAUUCGGAUUACGCAUUCUGAGGCCUUUCUCUUUUUAUCUGCCAUGUAUUGUUAAUUGAAAGCACUCCAGUAAGACCUUUGAACAACUACAUUUGACACUUUUUGUGUGCAUUAAAACUAAUGGGAGUGAUGCAGUACCUGUUAGAAUUAACACGGGCUUACAAAAAUAUACAAAAUCGUCCCACAUACCAUGAAACAGAGGGAUGUUCCCCAACCUGGAAACCCGAGAAUGGAGAUAGUGCAGAGGAAAUUUACAUUUUAGCCACCAUAGCACCCCUAAAGAGUACAAUGAACAAUGUUAUUUUGAAAGAAAAGGAAACAAGAAAGAAAGGGGACUUCACACUGGUGUGGCAUUAGCAGUCCCUGCCUAAGAUGUGCUCUAGCAUUUCACUUGGUUUCAUGAUAUGUGAGACAUUUUUGUAAAUCUGUAUUCUAAUGGGUGUUGCAUUACUUCCUUCAGUGUUAAUGACAACACAAACGUGUCAAAAUUCAGCUGUUUAAACAUUUUACUGGAUUGCCUUAAUUUCAUAAUAGUCAGUAAAGUAAUAAGUGCAGAUAUCAGAAGUGUUUAAAAUUACUCCGUCACAGAUGGGAGCCUGAUGAUAGAAAUAACUGAAAUUCAUAACUAUGAAGAGACUGGCAUUCUGUAACUAGAAUAUAUACAAAUUCACAAGAAGAAAGCAUUUAUGAAUAUUUGCUCUAAGAUUAUUUUAAUGCACUGCAGCCCAUAAUCAUACAAUUAAAAGGUGCAAUAGAGCUAAAAGUGAUAUAACACUAGGUAAAUUUAGGUUAUUUUACUAUAUAAACCAGCAUGAAUGUAUAGUAUCAUUUCAUGGAUUGCUAUACAGAAAUACUAUACUAUAGUCACAAAGUUGUUUGAAAACAUGACUGAAAUAAGAAACUAGCUGUCAGAAUACUAAAGUGCUCAGCCUUCCCUGUGAAAUGGAACAGCAGUAAUACACAAUGAGAACCCCACAAAGUGACACUAGAGGGCAGUGAGCUACUAACUUGGUGCCUUUUAAUUUACCUUUUCAAACAGUUCAUUAUUUGUGUUGUAAUUUUGCAUGUGCCAUUGAUUACUUUAAAUUACAUAUGAUCUUUGUCCUUGAGGGCAACCUUUUGAAAAGAAUAUGAUUAAUAGUAAUGCAAUAUAUUUUGGUUCUAAAAAUGUUUAAUAAAUCUUGUAUAAAGUA